UCUUCGUGCCAUUGCUCUUGACAGUCGCCGCAGUGUCCGCGCCGAGAGAAUCGAGUGAGCGCGUCGCCUUGUCGUCGUGAGUGUACGAACCUCCGUGACGAGACGAAUAGCUGACGCUGAAAAAAUUUCUCGCCGUCUGGCAAAAUUUGCAGCCACGCGCGAUUUAAUCACUCUCGGCGAGACUAGCAUCACCGGCCGCUUCGAGAUCGUCGAGUUCCCGUCGCUCCUGAUCGGCGUAAACCGCGAGAGUCCCGUUUCUCCCUCAUAGGUUAUGGGCCUGCUCCUGGUGUGCCGUCAGUACGGAAUAGGUGAAACCUGCCGAAUCGUCCGUCCUGUAACAUUCCUUCGGACAAUUUUUACGUAGCUGCGAGUUUUCGAGACGCUCUCGUACGUGACACGUGACAGAAUCGGCAGCUGCUGUGCCCUGUAUUCUAUUGUCUUUCAGGCAGGAUUGUUUAUCACUGAAGUGCAAGCUCGAGCACUGUUCUGAUAACUGACUUAUCACGAGAUAUCGGAACAUGUCUCGCAAUCACAAGGACAAGUAUGAAAACUCUAACCCACGUCGUAUAUACACACUUAUGGGUUCGGAGGACCUGCAGUCGGGGAAGAAAUCUCAUUGGUCGGAGUUGGAGAUAACAGGCAGCAUAAGGAACCUGAGCCCCAACCUGUGGCAAAUGAUCCACUUGACAGCCUUGUAUCUGAAUGACAAUAGUCUGCAGAGAGUACCGGCAGAGAUCGGUCGUCUUGUCAACUUGCGCAUUCUAGAUCUCAGCAGUAACAAGCUACGCAGUCUGCCUGCUGAACUGGGGGACCUUAUCUACCUCAGGGAGUUGUUAUUGAACCAAAACUACCUUCGCGUGUUACCGUAUGAAUUAGGCAAGUUGUUCCAGUUACAAGUACUUGGUCUUCAAGGAAAUCCGCUCAGCAAGGAGGUGAUGGCGCUGUACGGGAACGGAGAGCCUGCAGGGACGAACAAGCUGCUGUCAUUCAUGCUGGACCACUUACAAGUUACGGCGAACCCUCCACCUCAGCGACCGUGGAUUCCAUUGACAAGGCCAAACAGGACUAGGCCAACUUGCAUAUUCACGGUAAUGUGCUACAAUGUGCUCUGUGACAAGUACGCUACGCGGCAGAUGUACGGCUACUGUCCAAGCUGGGCGUUGGAAUGGGAUUACCGGAAGAAAGGUAUCCUCGACGAGAUACGGCAUUAUGCCGCGGACAUCAUUAGCCUGCAGGAGGUCGAGACGGACCAAUUCUACAACUUCUUCCUGCCGGAACUCAAACACGACGGUUACGAUGGCAUAUUUUCACCCAAGUCCCGCGCGAAGACGAUGGCGGAAAACGACCGCAAAUACGUCGAUGGCUGCGCUAUUUUUUACAGAACCGCCAAAUUUUCUCUGAUAAAGGAACAUUUAGUCGAAUUCAACCAAUUGGCAAUGGCGAACGCGGAAGGUUCAGACAAUAUGCUGAAUCGAGUUAUGCCCAAAGACAACAUUGGACUCGCUGCAUUACUUAGAACUAAGGAAGCUGCUUGGGACAAUGGUGUUCCAUCUGAUCCGACACAAGUGCAACAACCAAUCUUGGUUUGUACGGCGCACAUUCACUGGGAUCCCGAAUUCUGCGACGUAAAAUUGAUACAAACGAUGAUGCUGAGCAAUGAAUUACGUUCCAUUUUGGACCAAGCUGGCCAGUCGUUCAGACCCGGUCACAAGCCUGACUCUUCCAACGUUCAAUUGCUGCUUUGCGGUGACUUCAAUUCCUUACCUGAUUCUGGUGUGAUUGAAUUUCUUACAUCCGGUCGUGUGGCGGCCGACCAUCGCGACUUUAAGGACUUAGCGUAUAAAUCGUGCUUGCAAAAGAUCUCCGGCUGCGAUAAGCCCAACGAAUUCACGCAUUCUUUCAAGCUUGCAUCCGCCUACAGCGAAGACAUCAUGCCCUAUACCAACUACACAUUCGAGUUUAAAGGCAUAAUAGAUUACAUUUUUUACUCGAAGCAAAGCAUGGUGCCGCUAGGCCUCCUUGGCCCACUGAGCCCGGAAUGGUUUAAGGAACAUAAGGUAGUAGGAUGUCCCCAUCCCCAUGUUCCAUCCGAUCACUUUCCUCUGUUAGUGGAGUUGGAGAUGACACCGACAGUAGGAACAAGCAAUGGUUUGAUCUCACGCAGGUAGCAGCCGCUGCGAUCUAGGCCCAAGUAACCAUAAAGACGAGGAUUCAAUAACGACGGUAGAACGGGAAAGAAAAGAAAAAACGGAUUCGCAUCACUUCUUCUCUACUUACUUCUGGCUCUAGCAAUAUCAUCACUCGCAGUCGACUAUUACUUUAACUAUAUUACAAUAGCGAACGUUACACACCACAUACACAAACACGAACACAAUAUACUCCAUGCAUUGCCGCACAUUCAACCGAGAGCAGCAACUCGCUGUCGCUGUCGAUAUACAUAUACGGGAUACCGACGAAACACACAAUUUUUAACCAGGUGACCACCCCCCAGGUGAAGGGAGCCGUGUUGUAAUGCGUUUAGCUAGCCCAUGUAUAGUGUAUUGCAUUUUUAAGAGAGCUAACUUAAAAAAAAACACUCCCACGCCUAAAAAAAAAGAUUAUCGUAAAAACCUCUCUAUUUACCAUCUCAUAAUAUGUAGAUAUACCUAUUUUCCUACAAAAAGAAAAAAGAAUAAAGAGAAGACGACGAUAUUCCGAUCAAGAAGCCUCUGUGAUAUCUCGACAUUUAAACACAAUUGGAACAAUUUCACAUAUUUAUUACUAAACGAGAAAUUAGUAGCGUCUUACUAGAGAGAGAGAGAGAGAGAGAGAGAGAGAGAGCGAGAACGAGAGAGAGAGAAAAAGAGACACACGUACACGCGUCUCCCGCCCUAUCCUCCCUGCCCCUCACCCCUCCCACCCCCCCCCACCCUUCCUAAAUGUCAUUACAACAUUCUCCAAGCCAAUCUUUUGAUAAGAAUGCUGCCAUCCAAUGAGAGAAAAAAAAAGAGAAAAAAAAUUGUAUUUUUAAACAAAAAAA